AUGGUCGAAGCCAUCGCCACAGUUCAUGACCAUGGUAUCGCCCACCGCGACAUCAAAUGUGAGAACUUUCUGCUUACGCUGCCGGAGAAGACGGUGAAACUCAUCGAUUUCGGCACUGCGCGGGAUACCGAGAACCCAGAGGUCAAGACCAUGAUGCUGGGCCCCCAGUACGAGCACCACGUGGGGACACCCAAUUUCAUGGCGCCCGAGGCAGUCGAUGGCAAGGCCAACGAUCGCCGAAGCGACCUUUGGUCCCUGGGCUGUGCCUUCUCCCAGAUGCUGCUGGGCGUGCCACCGUUUCAUGCUGCGACGCCAUUCCUGAUCCUGGCAAAAGCCCAGGCUGGAAACAUCUGGAUCCCAGAUCGAGGUGUCAGCGACCCAUACAAGGAUCUUGUUCUCCGAUUGCUGCAGAAAGGGCCGGAGGACCGGCUCGGCGCUGCUGGCACCCGCGAGAUCCUGGGUCAUCCUGCUUUGUCGACUCCGCCUUUGGUGUAUCCAACCUCGCCUCCAGUGGCAGGUGCCUUGCGCCUGAUUGGGCAGGCGACCAUCGCCGAGGUGGACGCAGCGCUUGCAGCAGACGAGGCGCCGGAAGGUCCUGGCGCCGUGGCGAGCCAUUCAGUACCCGGCUUGGCGACAGAGAAGUUGCUGAAGGAACUUCCGAAGUGCUCCCAGGCGGCAGAUACUGUUGGCAAGCUGGUGGAAAUCGUGAAGUUGGUUAAGGAGAAGGGUCUUUCUGCCGAUCUGGGCCCCGAGCUGGCGCGGGAGGCGGAGCAAUCUCAGGCCGCUGAGUUGGGCGACUGCCUGCUGACUCUGCAGCGCUUCGGGGAGGUGGCCCAACAGCGGUGGAAAGACAUCAAGGCAAUCAUAUUCGGAAUGGGCAGUUGUGGGGCGGAACGGCUUCCACCAUCACGGACUACCAGUAGUACGAGAUGA